AUGUUUGAACGGAGUAAGUUUGAGCCAGAGCGAACGGCCAAGCACGAGGAUUUAGAGACGGCUUUACUUGUUUGGUUCAAACAAGCGAGAUCUCAGAAUGCUCCCAUAUCAGGACCUUUAAUGCUAGAAAGAAGCAAUGAACUUGCUAAACAAAUGGGUAUUACAUUUUCUGCAAAUCCAGGAUGGUUGGAACGUUACAAGAAAAGAAAUGGCAUAGUACUAAAAAAUGUUUGCGGUGAAGCUAAUCAAGUUUUACCGACCAUGACAGCAAAUUGGUUUCAGUCUACGUUGCCUUCGAUUCUUGAAGAAUAUGAAGCGAAAGAUGUCUUCAACGCGGACGAAACUGGGUUAUUUUACCGCUGCUUACCCAAUAAAACUUUAUCGUUUAAGGGACAAUCGUGUUCAGGGGGGAAACUGUCUAAAGAACGGAUUACGGUAUUGGUAGAUUGCAAUUCGGAUGGUUCUGAAAAACUACCCCUAUUUGUUAUUGGCAAAAGUUUGAAAGCGCAGUGUUUUAAGAAUGUAAGAACAUUACCGGUCGAAUAUACAGCAAACAAAAAGGCAUGGAUGGUAGCUACGAUGUUCACCGAUUGGAUCGUAAAGUUAGAUGAGCGAUUCUUACGAGAAAAGCGCAAGGUUGCAAUGAUAAUUGAUAAUUGUCCGGCUCACCCCAACGUUAUAUUGAAAGCUAUAAAGCUUAUCUUUUUGCCUCCGAAUACAACAAGUGUCUUGCAGCCUUGUGAUCAAGGGAUUAUACAAAACAUGAAAUUUUUCUACCGGAAGCAAUUGCUUCGAAAAUAUUUACUCGCAAUCGAAGCAAAUGAAGAUUUCUCAAUCAAUUUAUUAGAUGCUCUUCAUAUGUUGCACUCUGCAUGGAAUUCAGUGACUCCAAGGACGAUUGAAAAUUGUUUUCGUCAUGCAGGAUUCUCAAAAGUAUCAGAUUCUUUGGUGCCAAAAGAAAUGGAGAAGGAGGAUAUUGAAACUGAGCCGACACUUAAUGAAAUGUUUGAGAAAGUUUCUGUAUUAUUGGACUGUCCUACUGUAUCAUCGGAAGAAUUCGUUGCAGUAGAUGAUGAUAAUGUGUGUACAGCCCCAAUUAUGACAGACAAAGACAUUUUGGAGUUUGUUCAAAGCUCAAAAAAUAUCAUUGAUGCAGAUUCCGACAACGAAAAUGAAAUGAAUAAUGCAGCUCCUGUUCCCACGUCAUCCGAAAUGAGGAACAUCAUGAAAAGCAAUAUCAUCUUGGAAGGAGUGCUGCCCAUGAUGAAACUGCAGCAACUGAGGCUUCUAACAUUUGAACCAGUGGCUCCAUUUGUGUCUGUCAGAAAAAAGUCAUACCAACUUGGUGCAUAA